GGGGAGUUUAAAACCUGGUACGUGACUUAUUACUGUAUCUCGUAACAUAAAAAUAGCAGUGAACGUGGGACAAAAUAGUAAAAAUAAUAGUGCAAGGCAUUUCAAUGGAUCCAAUGUUUAAAAUUGACGCUUCUUUUUGUCAACACAUACUCGCAGCAUCGAGUCCGCUUCAUCCUAAUGCGCAUAAUGGAUUUGGACUUCUUUCAGGGACAUCGCUGUCGACUCCUGUUGUUUCCGGAAUCAUAGCUCUCCUCAAAUCGCUACACCCUAACUGGUCUCCUGUUGCACUGAGAUCAGCUUUGGUCACAACAGCUUGGAGGACAAGUCCAUCUGGAGAGCCUAUUUUUGCUGAAGGAUCAAACAAGAAGCUUGCAGAUCCAUUUGACUAUGGAGGUGGACUUGUAAACCCUGAAAAAGCUGCAAAACCGGAACUUGUCUACGAUAUGGAGAUAGAAGAUUAUAUCAGUUAUAUGUGUGCCGUGGGUUACAACGACUCCUCAAUCUCUCGUGUGCUCGGUAAAAAGAACAAGUGUCCAACUCCUGAGCCAUCAGUUCUUGAUAUAAACCUACCUUCAAUCGUCACAAUUCCAAAUCUUGAGAAAGAGGUCACACUCACAAAAACUGUAACCAAUGUUGGACCCAUCAAGUCAGUCUAUAAAGCCGUGAUCGAGUCUCCUCUUGGUAUAACUCUCACCGUGAAGCCGACCACACUCGUGUUUAACUCUGCAGCUAACAGAGUGCUCACUUUCUCAGUUAAGGCUAAAACGAGUCAUAAAGUCAACACUGGCUACUUCUUUGGCAGCUUAACAUGGACUGAUGGUGUUCACAAUGUUACCAUUCCUGUCUCUGUUAAGACAAAGAUCACGAUCAAGCGUUAAACAAGAAAACUCAUUACUGUCUACAAGGAUUUAGAUCGAUGUAAUAAACAGAGCCAUAUGAUGCUUAUGGUCUUUGUGACCUUAUGUAAAUUUUUGCUAAUCCCAAUUCAAAGCCUGAAAAACAAAACUUUAGAACCAAAAUAAAAGAAAUGCACGGUUUCGUAACU